AUGGACCACCCGGCCGUCGACCUCCUCAAGUCUCUCAUGUCCAUGGUGAGCACGAGCGAGCUGGAGCAGGACAUUGGCAUCUUUCUCGAGCGCCACCUCCAAGGGCUAGGCUACACCGUGGAGCGCAUCGCCAUCGCCCCGGGAUCCACCCGCCACAAUGUCUACGCGUACCUGGGCUCGUCUCGCCAGACGCGCAUCCUGCUCACGGCCCACAUGGACACGGUGCCUCCCCACAUCCCGCUAACCGUGGACGGCGAUGUUCUUCGAGGGCGGGGCUCGUCCGAUGACCUGGGCCCGCUCGCCGCCCAGAUCGUGGCCGCGGAGGAGCUGCGCAAGGAGGGCCAGGUCCGAGAAGAGGGCGGCGACAUUGGGCUGCUCUUCGUGGUGGGUGAGGAAAACGGCGGCCACGGGAUGAUUGCGGCCAACGAUAUGGGGCUGACCUGGGAGUCUGGUAUCUUUGCUGAGCCGACGGAAAACCGCCUGGCCAAGGGGCACAAGGGACAGCACAACAUCGUGGCGCCGUCGGCCAAGGCGCUGUGCGAGGUGCGCAUGGUAUCCGACCUCCCGGGCAUCAAGAAGAGGCUCGAGGAAAUUGUGGCUCGGCACGAGAACGUGGAGCUCCAGUUUGUCUUUGAGUACCCAGAGGCUCUACUUGAGUGGGAGAUUGAGGGCUUCGAUGCGGCUCCCGUGGCCUUUGGGACAGACAUACCGCGGUUGAGGGCAGAAUACUGCGCAAACCGGGUCUUGUACGGACCGGGCUCGAUCCUCGUGGCCCAUGGGCCCGACGAGUUCAUUCGGAUCCCGGAUUUGAUUAGCAGCGUGUCGGGGUACAAGAGACUCGUCUUGCACUUUCUCCAGAAGAGUCAAUAA